AAACAAUUGAAAUGCUUCUGUAGUUUUUGUUGUGAUUUUGCCGGGAAGGCUAUUCUCCUGAAAAUUGCUUGUGAUUUUUCGAGAAAAUGUCCCUUUUCCCGGCUUAUUCCGGCACAGCCAGUAAUGAAAAUCCCGAGAAAAAUCAAGGGAAAGAAGAUUGGCUGUCCAACACGAGUUUUGUGCCUCUGAACUUUGCUGAGAAAGCCCAAGAGGCAUCUCCAUCUCCUGGUCCAUCAACAGCAGCUACUUCGGAAGUAUCCAAGACAUCGGAAAAGAAAAAGAAGAAGAAAAAGAGCAAAAAGAAAGAUGAAAACCAGAAAGAAGAAGUGCCAGAGAUUGUCUUGGAAUUCACUGGACAGGAAAAUUUCUAUGUGGACAAGACAAGUGCAAUUGGGUAUUUGAGAGUGGAAAAAUUGUACAAUCCUGCUUGUCCGAGGUACAACAUAUCCAGGAGUACCCUGGGGAAGCCCCCAAGGAGUCAGCCUGGCAAGUAUAAGAGGUACUUUGCGAGGAAGUCCAAGAAAUCUGACCAAGUGCCGGAUCAGGAAGGAAAGUAUCAGCUGACGGAGGAAGAAUUCAUGGAAAAGAACAAAGAGUUCAAUAAAGUGGUUCGAGAACAUCCCAGCAACAUUGAAAAAUGGGUGGAAUUUGUGGAAUUUCAGUCUCUGACUCCCAUGAAAUCAUCCACAACGAAAGUGAGCAUUGCCGAACGCAAAAUGGGCAUUCUGGACAAGGCCCUGAGCUUAAAUCCAACCAAUGAGAAACUCUAUUCUGUCUAUGUGGACACAAUUGUUGCGGUAUUCCCUUCAUUCGAGGUCACCAAGAUCCUGGAGAAGCUCAUUGCCAAGGAUGCUGUCAGUUACACUCUCUGGAAUGCUCAGAUUCUGGCCACGCAGGGAUCAAUGGCGCGUUGUGUGGUUCCGGAUGUCCUGGCCCUCUAUGACAAAUGCAUGAGUACGAUGUACAGGAAGCACAGGAACGACGCCACAAUGCUAAAAUUCUUCACAAGUUGCGCCUUCUUCCUGCGUCAGGCUGGUCUCCUUGAACAGUUUUUCGCCCUUGUAAAAUUAGCCCUUGAGCUAAAUGUCUCCCCGGAUAAAUUUUCCGGAAUAGAUCCCCUGGAAGCUGAUCAGAACACCCUCGUGGAAUAUGAGGAAGUUGUUCUGAGCUCGGGACUUCCGAUGAAUGAAAUUUGGUUGCGUAUUGAGAAGCUCAGGACGAGUUUUAACUUUCUCCCUUGUCCUGCGGGCAUGAGCUGCACGGAUCCUCAGCGUUCGGUAUUCAAUGAGGAUGUAUGUCACUUUAUCUAUCCACUGAUUAAUCACAGCAAUUCUCUGGAACUGGUCUUUAUAAUUUUGAGACUCCUGAAGGUUCCGCUGCCGAUUUAUAAAGCAUUCUGGGGUGAUUGUGGUUCACUGUUGGACCUCGAUGCGCCCGAAGAGAUGUUGAGUUUCCUGCUGUACUGUGAUUUCAUGCAGGAUGAACUGAUCAGGGAGUCCACGGUGAAUUUGAUCCGGGAACUUGCUGUUGGUCCGAGUUUCAUGAGUAGUUGGAUUGGGAGUGAUAUUUAUACGAAAGUUGUAGGAGAGAUAUUACUGAGACUGGCUGAUUGUCACUCUGGACGUCAGAGGGUAGUUUUUGUGAUGCUCUGGAUGCACUUUCAGCGGAUUUUGGUGAUAAUUGAUCGGUUGGAGGGCAAGUUGGAUGGGAAUCGGAUGAAAAGCUACAGGCGUGGUAUAAAGAAUGAACUGAAAAAAGAGGAGAAUCGCAAUGAGAUCAAUUACUUCACUGAAUAUGGGCUAAUUGAGUAUGAAAUGGGCGGAAGGGCUACUGCUGAAGCUGUCUUCGUUGGAGCUACUGAAAAUUCCGAAGGAGCUCUCAAUGGGGAUAGAUUCUACGCCGGCGUUAGUUUCUGCGAGAUGUGGCUGAAGGAGCGGGAGAUGGAAAAAGCUCUAGAGGCAAUUUCAAAGUUGUCAAUUGGGAUUGAAAGUCCUGAUAAUCACCAGAAAUUGCUGAUUAUCAAGAAAUUGCAAGAUCUUCAGGCCAAUCUUGUGGCUGUUGAGAAGAAUUCUGAAGAAAUGGGCAAGGAGGCCAUAAUUCUUCCGGAUUAUCUGGGAAAUGUCAUUAAGGCUAAUGCAUAUGGAUUGUUCUUGGUGAAAUCUGUCAAAGAAGCUCUCAAUAUGAUGCAGUAUCUAAAGAGAGUGUUUAUAGAGAAGAAUCCCCGGCAUUUGUUUGUCCAGGAGCGGCUGCAUGAACUGGAAGCGAAUCUGGAGAUCCUGAGAGGAUGCGGAAGAAAGUUUGACAGUUGUGCAGAAGCUGUCAAGUAUUUUCCGGAAAAUAUUUUCCUCCAUAAAUGCCUGAUUGGACCAAUAUCGACACCCUGGUACAAAUUGAAGGGUGCUCUGAUGAAAUGUUCAACUCCUCAGUCGAUACUCAUGCUGACUGUGGCUGCCCGGACGCGGCAUGCUGCCCACGCGGAGGAGGAUCAAGCACUGCAUCGGAGUCAGCAGCUGCGAGUACUAACGGCCAUCAGGAUGGUGACUGGUGCUGACGGGAUUCUACGAAAGAAUCCUCUAAUGUGGCGCAUCCAUUUACGCAGCGCGUACGAACUAGAAGCCACACUUCAUCAGUGUCGCAAUGUUCUCUUUGCUGCUCUCGAUGAGUGCCCAUGGAAUAAAUCUCUGUACCUGGAUGGGGCGGUUUAUGUGCCGCACGAACUCACCCAACUACAGGAUCUCAUCAUUGAGAAGCAGCUGCGAAUUUAUGCCCUGCCAGAGGAACUGGAAAUUCUCCGUAGCGAAGAUGGGGAAUUGAAUCAUUGAAGAAUGUAAUCAUGAUGCUGUGGACUGCUUCAAAGAAUUUUUUAAGGAAUUCCCCAUUAUUGAUAGAAAGGUAUGUUUCUUUUGGUAAAUAUUAAGAGAAAUUUAUUUAUUAUUUGGAAUAAAAUGAAACAUGAAGUAUGACUAAAA